AUGGCUGAGCAGGAAAAUCGCGGAGGUCGUGGUCGUGGUCGUGGACGAAGAGGUCGUGGCGGCAGAGGACGCGGUCAACCUACCGAUGACGAUUAUUAUACUGAUGCGAGAGAUGCUGAAAUUGAGGAAAAGGACAGACGGAUCCAAGAACUCGAACAACUGCUUGCAGAGGCACAGUUGCACGGGUCAGAAGGGAGACAAGAAUCUGAACUGUCAUCUCUAGAGGAAGAGGAGGACGAAAAUCCAUUUUUGAACCGCGAAAUACCAAGGAGAGGUCGAACCGGUGAUCAACCCUUCACUUCCAAUUUUGGGAUGAAGAUCGAGAUUCCAGAAUUUGAGGGAUCAACUCACCCUGACGUAUUCAUCGACUGGUUACACACCAUCGAGAGGGUUUUUGAUUUAAAAAACCUCACAGAUGAGCAAAAGGUGAAAUUAGUGGCAAUCAAAUUGAGGAAGCAUGCCUCAAUCUGGUGGGAACAUGUCAAGAAACAAAGAAUCAGAGAUGGAAAGUCUAAGAUUCAAAGAUGGGACAAGAUGAAGAAAUUGUUGCAGCACAAAUUUUUGCCUGCUCAAUACAGACAAGAAGCCUUUAUUGAGUAUCACAAUUUCAGGCAACGUGACCUUACAGUGGAACAAUACACCACUGAAUUUGAUCGUCUUCGAAUGCGUUGUGACAUGGUCGAAGAAGAUGAACAAGUGAUUGCUCGAUAUCUAGGUGGAUUACGGGAUGAAAUUUCUGAUGUUGUGUACUUACAACAGUAUUGGUCUUAUGAAGAUGUGUGCAAACUGUCCUUGAAGGUGGAAGGACAAUGUAAAAGAAAGGGUGACCGUUCGAAGUUUCAAUCAAGAUUUCCUAGAAAAGAAUUCGGAGCUAAAUCAGUGAGUUCUUCAGCAACUUCACCUGCUGGAAGGAGUUCUAUGCCUCAAAAAAAUAUUCCCAACAAGGAAGGGUCGAUCAAAGGAUGUAGUACAGGAAAGAGGUGUUUCAAGUGCCAAGGAAUUGGACAUUUUGCUGCAGAUUGUCCAAAUAAACAGAUUGUGACAUUUGCAGAGGCUCCAAUUUUUGAUGAAGAACCAAUCUAUGACAAUGUCGAUGAACAAGAAGAAGCAGAAUCUGAAGAGGUGGGGAUUGUCUAUGCUGAUACCGGAGAAUCACUAGUCGUUCGGAGGGUCUUGAAUGUGGAUAUGGUGAAUGAUGAAACAUGGCUUCGACACAAUAUUUUCCACACCAAGUGCACCAGCAGGGGAAAAGUAUGCAGUGUGAUUAUAGACAGAGGGAGUUGUGAAAACGUGGUUUCUACCACUAUGGUAGAAAAAUUGGGGCUGAAAACAGAAGAACACCCACAACCGUACAGGCUGUCUUGGCUAAAAAAAGGGAAUGAGGUGAAAGUAACCAAAAGAUGCCUAGUGUGUUUUUCAAUUGGGAAAAGAUAUUCAGAUGAAGUAUGGUGCGAUGUCAUUCCUAUGGAUGCUUGUCACAUUUUAUUAGGCAGGCCAUGGCAGUUUGAUAGGAAGACAAAACAUGAUGGUUUCAAAAAUACUUACACCUUUAAGAAGGAUGGCCACCUUAUUACACUAGCACCUUCAGAUUGGAGGAAGGAGGCGAAGAAUUCUAUGCUGUCCAAGGCAGAAUUUUUAGAAGAAGUCAUUGGUGCAACUGAGAUAUUUGCACUAGUGGUGAUAGUAGGAAACGAUAAUGGUCCACAUAUUCCCUUGAAGAUUGAACCUAUACUGACAAAAUUCGCUGAUGUAAUGCCAGGGGAGAUGCCACCAAUAUUACCGCCUAUGAGAGAUAUUCAGCAUUGCAUAGACUUUGUUCCCGGAGCAGCCAUUCCAAAUAAGGCAGCUUACAGAAUGAGUCCCAAAGAACAUGCUGAGUUGCAGAAGCAGGUACAAGAAUUGCUUAAAAAAGGGGCGGUCCGCGAAAGCUUGAGUCCUUGUGCAGUACCAGCAUUAUUGGUUCCCAAGAAGGAUGGGUCAUGGCGAAUGUGCAUUGACAGCAGAGCUGUUAACAGAAUCACCAUCAAGUAUCGUUUUCCUAUUCCACGUUUUGAUGAUCUGAUUGACCAACUUCAUGGCGCAACUAUUUUUUCUAAAAUAGACUUGCGUAGUGGAUAUCACCAGAUCAGAGUUAGGCCUGAAGAUGAGUGGAAAACAGCCUUCAAAACAAGAGAUGGUUUAUAUGAAUGGAUGGUGAUGCCAUUUGGGUUGAGUAAUGCACCAAGCACCUUCAUGCGACUAAUGAACCAGGUUUUUCGAUCUUUCAUUGGUCAAUUUGUGGUAGUCUAUUUUGAUGAUAUUUUAAUAUAUAGUCCAUCUGUUGAACAACACUUGGUCCACUUGAGAAAAGUUCUUGAAACAUUGCGUGAGCAGAAGCUAUUUGUUAAUGUGAAGAAGUGCCAUUUUCUCACCUCAAGCGUGACCUUUUUGGGUUACAUUAUCUCAAAAGAUGGUAUUCAGAUGGAUCCAACAAAGGUUGAAGCAAUUACAGGUUGGGAAACACCAACAAGCAUUCAUGAAGUCCGAAGCUUUCUUGGUUUGGCUUCCUUUUAUAGGAGGUUUAUUAAAGAUUUUAGCUCCAUUUCGACACCAAUUUCUGAUUGUCUUAAAGGAAACAAGUUUCUAUGGACUAUGGAGGCGGAAGCUGCGUUUCAGAUCUUAAAGGUUAAGGUAACUGAGGCCCCUGUUCUAAUAUUACCUAAUUUUUCUGAUGUGUUUGAAGUGCAUUGUGAUGCUUCUGGAGUAGGAAUUGGGGGUGUACUAAGCCAAAAAGGGAAGCCAAUUGCAUUUUUUAGUGAAAAGUUGAAUGAAGCCAAGAGGAAGUAUUCGACGUAUGACAAAGAGUUUUAA